AUUCAAGGUCUCAAGGUGUGUCAGAAAUGAUGAUAAAAUUAUUUGUCCUUUACUUAAGCGAAGAUUAUAUCUUAAGCUUAUAAAUCUUCAAAUAACAAGAAUUGUAUAUGCCAGUCACAGAAUCUGAACUCAAAUCACAGCAACAUGGCCAGUCAGUCAUCGCAAGGUUAUUCCUAUGCAGAACCAGAAAUCCAACAAUUUGUUAAAGACUUUAGUAAACUUAUACUAGAUGAAGCUCUCAUACCACAAACAGAUCCAAAUACUAAAGUUCUCAAUUUUAGGCAACCGUUAGACUUGCAAAAAUUUUUAGAUCUUGAAAUAUACGAAGAACCCGUGCCACGUGAGAAAUUGUUAGAAUUAGGAAGGAAAGUAAUAGAUGGCAGCAUUGUACCAGGUCAUCCACGUUUCUUCAACCAACUGUAUACCGGUGUUGAUCCAUACAGUUUGUUUGGAGCAUGGUUGACCGAAGUCCUGAAUUGUAAUGUACACACAUAUGAAGUGUCACCCGCCAUGGUGACGCUAGAAAAUUAUAUUUUCAAAAAGAUAUCAUCAUUGAUCGGAUAUCCAAACGGUGAAGGCAUUUUCUGUCCAGGUAGUUCCUUCUCGAAUCUUAUAGCUAUACAUUUAGCUAGAUUUAGAAACAAUCCCACUUUAAAGGAAAAAGGCAUGUUUUCGUGUGAACCAAUGGUCAUUUUAAAGUCCGAGGACGCACAUUAUUCUGUUGAGAAAGGUGCAAACUUUCUAGGAUUUGGGACGGACAAUGUUGUCAAAGUCAAAUCCGAUGAUAGAGGUAGAGUUAUUCCGGAAGAUUUAGAAAACAAGAUUCAACAAUGCAAACAAAAAAAAUGUGCUCCUAUCAUGUUUAUGGCAUCUUGUGGGACAACGGUGUUGGGAUCUUUUGAUGAUCUUGAGGCUGUAGCUGAUAUUUGUCAACGAUAUAACGUCUGGAUGCACGUUGAUGCAGCAUGGGGAGGUGGUGUCAUGUUGUCUGAUAAGUUGAAAUAUCUUACAAAGGGCAUUGAAAGGUCUGAUUCCGUAGCAUGGAAUAUACACAAAAUGUCUGGCGCAGGUAUCCAGUGUUCAGCUUUUGUUGUUAAGGAAAAGGGAUUUCUGGAAAAGUGUAAUGCAUAUAGAGCCGAGUAUCUGUUUCAACCAGACAAAAUUUACGACACGUCAUUUGAUAUAGGGGACAGAACAAUCCAAUGUGGUCGUAAAAAUGAUGUCCUUAAAUUGUGGUUGAUGUGGAAAGGUCGUGGUGAUAAAGCUAUGGCUGCUAGGAUAGAGAAAGCAUUUGAACUUGCAGCUUAUCUAACAGAAAAACUGAAAUCAACAGAAGGAUUCCGUUUAGUUUUACCGGAGUUCCAGUGUACAAACAUUUCAUUUUGGUAUAUCCCACCACGCCUGCGUGGUAAAAAAGAAACUACAGAAUGGUGGGAGGAGGUUGGGAAGGUAGCUCCAGCUAUAAAGGGUCGGAUGAUGCUCAAAGGUUCUAUAAUGAUCAGCUAUCAACCUUUAUCUUCGAAGGGAUUAGUCAACUUCUUCAGGGUUAUUGUUGCAAAUCCUGUAUGUGAAAAAUCUGAUAUGGAUUUCAUUGUUGACGAGAUUUUAAAUCUUGGACAAGAUGUGUAAAAUAUUUUGGUUAUGAUAAUUUAUGCAGAUUGAAUCUAGUUACUUUCUUUUCAAAAAUGUCAAUGAUUUAUUGAUAAAAUAAAAUAUGAUUUAACAAUGCAGGACAUCGAGGUACUAAACAAAUUCACAAAAAUUUUGAUCUUCGGGAAAAAUAUCAAGACCUUAAACAUUUAAGAAUUCCAUUGUGUUUGCAUGCAAUCUUAUUGAUGAAGCUAUCCGAAAGAAAAUAUAUUAACAACAUAAAUACAUCACAAACAACUUCUUUUA